AUGUCUUCUUUACCUGCCACUCAUAAAGCCGUUGUAUUUACUGGUUCUACCGAGAACAGGAAACUUGUCGAGAUCAUCGACACGGCUACUAUCUAUCCUCCUCCAGCAAACAAGCUUUUAGUCAAGGUCAAAGCCUUUGCUUUAAAUCCAACCGAUUGGAAGCAUAUUAUUGCCCAAUUGGGAGAAAAGGGCGAUAUUUUAGGAACAGAUUCUAGUGGUGAGGUUGUGGCUGUUGGCUCCGACGUUAAGGGCUUUGAAGUUGGUGACAAUGUUUCCAGUUUCACCCAUGGUGGUUAUAAGGCUGAUCCUACAGGAGGAUCAUUCCAGGAUUAUGCAAUUGUUGACCCUAAGACUACUAUCAAAUAUACCAAGAAGCUCUCUCGGGCCACAGCUACCUUAGCCAGCAAGGUUCGUUCGUUCGAAGGUGCUGCAUCAAUUACUCUAGGCUUAGCUACAGUGGGCAUGUCAUUUCAGCACAGCAUGAAAUUAACUUUGAACCCUACUGCCAAUAAGGGUAAGUAUAUCUUGAUUUGGGGUGGAGCAACUGCUACUGGCAUACUGGCUGUACAAGUUGCCAAGAAGUUGUACGGUCUUACCGUUAUUGUCGCUGCAUCCAAGAAACAUCAUGCUUGGUUGAGGAGACAUGGUGCAGAUUAUGCGUUUGAUUAUCAUGAUGCAGAUGUCGUUGAACAGAUCAGGAAGGUGACAGACGAUAAAUUGACCUUUGCUUUGGAUACCGUCGCUAUUCCCGAGUCGUACAACCCUGCCUAUAAGUGUCUCUCUCACUCGGAGCCUGCAGUUUUGGACAAUUUGCUUGAUAUGAGCGAAGACACUCUUGAGAACCCACCAAAGAGAGACAACGUCAAAUUGACACAGACUUUAUCUUAUCUCCUUCUUGGUGAUCAGGUUUUAAACGGAGUCGAGGUUCUCGGUUCUAAAGACAUUGAUAAUGAUCAUGCCACGUACUGGAAAGCGGCCCAGAAAGCUGUAAACGAUGGUAUCAUUCUCCAUGCCCCAUUAACCAUUCUUCAUGGAGGUUACAAUGCUGUCGAAGAAGGCUUUUCCGUUUUAAGAAACGGCGACGUUUCUGGAGAAAAGUUGAUUAUAAUUCCGGAAGAAACCAAUUAA